GUAUUGUACGACAUGAUACAAUUCAAUGAGGAUUGACAGGCUAGGUAAAGCGAUUUUCAAAUGGCCAAAACUAACCUUCCAACACGGCUCCAAGUAGGUGAGAAAAGAGUGAUUAUCGAAGAACAACUUGGUAAAGGCGCUUUUGGUGUUGUCUACAAAGUGAAAGAAGAGGGAACGUCAAACGUAUACGCUUUGAAAGAUAUCCUAUGUUUGAAUAGUUCAGACUUUCAAAAUACCAUCCGCGAGGCUGAAACACUUCGCAGCAUCUCUCAUGAAAAUGUUAUUGCUAUCGUGAGUGGAGAUAAGUUUUGCGAUAGAAACAGUCAGUUCCACAUGUUGCUUUUGAUCGAGUAUUGCCCCGGCGGAAGCUUGAAUGAUCGCCUUGCUCAAUCAAGCAGCGACCAGUUGAAUCGAAAGUGGAUGAAACAAAUUGCAAGUGCUCUUCGCUUCCUUCACGAGAAAGGAAUAGUCCACCGUGACCUCAAACCAGACAACGUUCUUCUCACUGGCUCUAAUAAUGUUAAAUUGGCAGACUUUGGACUGGCAAGAAAAUAUAUGGCACUCAGUAACGAGGAUCGCUUCAAUUUCUUUGCAGUCUACAAAACGUACUACAUGAACACAUUUGCUGGAACUCCGUUCUGGAUAGCUCCUGAAGUAUUCAGAGGCCACUACACUGAAAAAGCCGAUGUAUUCUCACUUGCAGUGAUCUUCUUUCCAAUUCUGGAGAGGAUGUACGUCACUUUUGGAGGAACGAAAUUUUAUGGCGCCUUCGUCAAAACUCCAGAUGAAGGAAUGGUUGGUCUUGGAUAUGCCAUGGAAAAAUGUCCUGCAGCAAAAGUCAAGUUCUCUCCUGAAAAGCAAGGAUCGGGAACCCAACGAAGAAUCACCCUUGAUGCCUUAUCCUAUGACCCGAAAAGCCGCCCAACUGCUGGGGAAGUUUACGAAAAAAUCAUAGCUGCUGAAACGAGCGUUAGGCUGGGGCAAAACAACGCACAACAAUCCUCUGUGUGUUGCUAAUAGACUGCUUGCGGCUCUAACUUCCCUCUUGUGAUUCUAUCCUAAAAAUCCCAAAUGGUUUGUUCUCUUCGAGAUUACAAAUUACACAGGACGUUGUUGGUAAGAAAAUACGUAAUUUGCCAGCUUUUUUUUUAUUGUCAUCAAAUUGAUUGUCCAUACUGAUCCUACUCGUUGUCCGAGAUUUUGCAGAUGAAAGUAAGAACUUCAAUUCCAGCGGCUAACAUUCUUUUUAAUUAUAAUCUUUAAUUUAAAAUAUAGACUAUCUAUUGAACGGUAGGC